AUGCACGCGCAGUUCUGCGCCGCCGGCAUGAUGGGGCGCGCGGGGCCCGCGGAUCGAUGGCAGCACCCGCCGCACCCCGCGCACCCGCCCCACGCUCCCAAUGGCUUCUCUUCCGCUGCCGCCGCUGCUGCCGCCGCUGCCGCUGCAGCAGCAGGUGGUGCAGGUGGUGUUGGCGCAGGAAACGCCUCCGAAAUUCCUGCGUUCGACCACACCGCCCCACACCCUUCCCAACCCUUCGAGCAGCCUCCACACGCGCAGGCGCAGGCACAGGCACAGGGCAGCCUCUUCGAGCGCUUCUGCUCGCCAGGACCCGCAGCGACGGGGUUCCGCCAGGCGUUCGUGAACGACGUGUGGGGCAAGGUGCAGCGCGAGCGCAUGGACGAGCAGGCGGAGGGGCGGCGGAAGGACCGCGAGCGGAAGGAGGCGGAGGUGGCGGAGCGGAAGCGCGUGGCGAAGGCGGGGAGGGAGGCGGAGAGGGAGCGGAAAAAGGCAGCGGCUGCUGAGAAGGCGGCGGCGGUUGCUGCGGCGGCUGUGGCGGCCAUGGGGGCAGGCGCGGGGAGGGAAGGCGGAGGCAGGCAGCCGAAAGGGAAGGCGGGUGAGGCGGUGGGCGGAGAGGGAAUGGGCGCACCUGGUGGAGGGGUGGGAGGGGCGGAAGACGCGGGAGGGGAAGGGCGGAGCACGAGAAAGAGACAGAGGGGGAAGGAGGAUUUGCUGCCAGACGAUAUGUCUGCUGCCGUGCAAGCUGCCAUGGCUGCCGCGCGCGCUGCUCUUGGGACUGGCGGGAUGGAUGGCGUGGGUGAACAGGGUGGGCACGAGGCGGAGGAGGAAAUGGGGGAAGCGGGGAGAAGGGCGAAGAGGACUCGCAGGGAGGAGGAGCAGCCGACUGUUAUCAAUUUGGAUUCAGACGGGCCUUCUGAAAUGGAGGUGGAUGGGGUAGAGGGGGUGAACCCCGUCUCCUCCUCUGCUCCUGCUCCUGCUCCUGCUUCUGCGCAUGCUCCUGCACCGGUUGGCACCGCUGGUUACCGCUUUAACGCGACAGCUGCAGCUGCGGGUCGCAACGGUCGGCCAAGUGUGCUCGACCCUGCAGCACCAGCGGCGGCUGCGGCGGCUGCUGCUGCGGUGAGGAGCAAGGAGGCGAUUGGCGAGGGCGGAGGGGCUGCUUCUGCUGCUGCUGCCGCUGCGGCUGGUGCAAGUGCUGGUGUUGCGAAUGGGUUGGCGGGUGAGACGAGCGGGCAAAAGGGAAAGUCGGAGGGGGAGGAGGAGGAGGAGGAGGAGGAGGAGGAGGAGGAGGAGGAGGAGGAGGAGGAGGAGGAGGAGGGAAUGGAAGUGGCGGAUCCGGAUUUCUACUGCUUUGACAACGAUCGUGAGGAGGAGAGUGUGCAAGAGGGGCAGGUGUGGGCUCUGUAUGACGAUCGGGAUGGCUUUCCCCGUUUCUACGCGUUGGUGCACAAGGUCUCCCACGGCCCCACCCCUCUUCCUCCUGUUCUCCCCCCCUUCCCCUCUGCACCCCUUCCCCAGGUGUGGGCGCUGUAUGACGAUCGGGACGGCCUUCCGCGUUUCUACGCGCUGGUCCACAAGGUCUCCCACCGCCCCGCCUUCAAGUGCCGCCUGCAGUGGCUCACGCCCCUCCCCUCCUCCUCCCGCCGCUCCGCCUCCUCCCUCGUGCCCCCAUGCGGGUGGUUCCGCCUGGUAACCCGAGCCAAGACAAUGGACAGCAUCAAUGUGUUUGCAUUCCGCAUGCCAGGGGUGAAUCUUCACCCGAACUUUCCUCUCGCUGUUUUUCCGCAGCCGGGGCAGGUCUGGGCGGUGUUUACUGACCGGGUGCUGCAGCAGCAGCGGCGGAACGGGACAGGUUCGGGGGGAGGUUUGGGGGUAGGAUCGGGGGAGGGGUUGGAGAGGUAUGAUGUGGUGCAUGUGGCUCGGGAAGGGGAGGUGAAGGGGGGUGUGGCAGCGGUGGUGGGGGCGGCGGGGCUGAUUGGGUUGCCUGAGAGGCCGGAGGAUGGGGUGAGAGGGCAGGUGGUGGUGUGGCUGCUGCGCCGCAUGCAAGGAUACACGAGCAUCUUCCAGCGCACGAGUGAGUGCCUGGCAGUGGAUGUGACAGUCUUCUCUCACCUCGUGCCGACAUACACCUGCAAGGGCAACGAGGCCAACUCAAAGGGACUCCCCUCCCCGCCUCGAGGAGCCAUGGAGCUUGACCCGGCCGCCAUCCCUCCCGUCAUCUCACCCAUUCACACUUGA